CAACCAUAUUAUCGACACCGUUCAUUUUCACCCUUUUUCAUCGCCGCCGCCUUCGCCCCUUCUUUCGUCUCCUUUCCUCUUCUUUCUCCCCUCAAUCCCGAUGGUGGUUCCUCUUCUGUGAUAGGUCGAUAUCGAUCAAUCCCAUCACCUUAUUGAGAUUUGUCGGGGCUUGCUUUGUUUCGAUUUUGGUUGCCGGAGAAGAUGCCGCAGUUCGAAACCUUUCCAGCUCGAGGGAUCCGGCGGAUUCGCUUCUCACCGACAGAUCCGGGAACAAGUGAGGAACUCUUUCAGGGGAGAAUAUGCUUACAUGAUUGCAGUAGCAACAGUGAGCAACGUUUGGCAGAAUCCUAUUGUUCUCAUCAUGUUCCAUCAAAUAAAGAAAUGAGAUUAUCUGGAUUCGACUUACCUCACGACCUAUCUAGGAACUGUAUAGCUGAAAUUGGUGGUUACUUUUGUCACCAUGCUGACGACUGUUCAUCUUCUCAGUAUUCAGAAGCAUUUAAUUGUUCCUCCUUCUGCUCUGAUCCUGUGGACACAUAUGCAGCAGUAGGAGGAAUUUCUCCAUCUUCAAAUUAUGGUAGUAACAUCUCUCUGUCUCAAGGCACCUGUGUACCACUCAAAGAUGGCAGUGCUAGUGCUGAAUAUGGUCAAUUUUUUGUUAGUGGAUGGAUGUAUAUCAAUGAAGAUGGCCAUAUGUGUGGACCAUACAGUCAAGAGCAGCUUAGUGAAGGCCUGUCUUCAGGGUUCUUGCCAGAAGAACUUCCAAUUUAUCCUGUUGCACAUGGAAGUUUCAUGAAUCCCGUGCCUUUGAAAUAUUUAAGACGGUUGUCAAAUUCUGUAUGUGAUGCUUCAAGUUUUUCUGGCAUGACUAGCGAAAUGCAUGAGUUGGUAGGCCGGGGUUCAACGGUUUCAUAUGAAGUUCAAAAUGCAGAACAGGGCAAGCUCAACUCAGCAAUGAAUCAUACUUCAUUGGUGCUUUUGCAGCCAUUCACAAGUGAAGACAGCUGCUGGAUGUUUGAGGACAAGGGUGGUAACAAACACGGAGCUCAUUCAUUUGCUGAAUUAUAUUAUUGGUAUCACAACAGUUACCUUGAUGGUUCUUUAAUGAUACAUCAUGUUGAUAAUUUGGUCGGGCCAUUUACAUUGGCAUCUCUAAUUGAGGAUUGGAGCACAAUUAGCAGCCAGCAUAUUUCUGAAACUAAUAUUAAGGCCAAGGUUACUAACAAGCAUUCCAACAGUCGUUCCAAUUUCAUUUCUAAUGUAUCAGAUGAAGUUUCAAUGCAACUGCAUCCUGUCAUAAUGAAAGCUGCACGCCGUGUUCUGGUAGAUGAAAUCUUGAGCAGCAUCAUACCUGAUUUCUUUUUAUCGAAAAAGGCCGAGAGACAAGACAGAUCAAAACCAACAUAUCAGGAUAAUAGAAAACAUGAUUCAAGCAAAGGAAAGAUGGUAGCUUCAUCACAGGACAGUUUUGAAUUCUCUUCUGGCUCCUGUGUUACCUUUCCAGAGUUAUUAUUAGCAGUUCGGAAAUUCCUUUACUAUGAUUGCAUGAAAGCUUCAUGGGAUGCUUUCUUUUCUGAUCUGGCGGUGGAAUAUUGUAGUUCAUGGCUUAAAAGAAAGCACUGGUUAGAUUUACCUGUUGUUGUUGAAUCUGGGAGGCAAGGUUUGCCUAAGAUGGGUGAGAUGAAAAAAGAUGAUGAUAAAGUUGUACUUCUGUCUCUGAUACACGAUGGGGAUUCUGCACCAGGAUUUGUAUCAAGCAAGGAGGAUUUUUAUGCUUCUUCUUUGCCAUUGAUUCCAGGAGAUUGUAAAUUGCUGAAAGAGAGGGAGAUGGAUUCAUCAAGAAUCCAAGGAAUUCUAGAAAAUGAUUUGUAUGUGUCAGCCAAGAUAUCUUUGUUUAGAUUCUUUCAGGAUGCCAUAAUAGAGGAACUAACAAAUUUAUUUUGCUUGGCAUCAAACUAUAAUUUGAAUGAUGACAAGCUUGAUGUAACUGAAAACAAGCAAUAUGCCUUGUGUAGCUUGCAAGACAUGACUGCUGAUAUGGGGAUCAAUGCUUCUGAUUAUCUGGGAACAGAGCCAGCAAGUCCCUCUACAGCAUCUUCAAAUGCUUUUGAACAAUUGGGAUCUGACUUAUCAGAUGAUAAUGGUGUUGAUAUUACUGAUGAACCACCUCCUCCUGGGAUGGAUAAUUGUUCGAUUAUGAUCCUUCCAAACAAUAAAUUUCGGCCUCAAAAGUUGAUUGAGCACAUUCCACAUUUGGAUAAGUAUGCAACUUUGGCAAUCUUUAGACAAAAGUUGCAUGAUCAUGUACUUAAAAAGUUGAAGUACACUUACUUUGGUUAUAUGCUCAAUCAAUAUUUUGAGUCUUGUCAUUCUUUGCGAGAAUUUCAACUGGAUGCUACAAAAGUUGACAGUAAGACAAGACACCCAAAAAAAUUGCUUGAGGAUGAAUCGUAUGUUUGCUUGCAAGAUGCUACCUCUAGUUUAUCAUUGGCUUCCAAGAAUCAUAAGGGAAAUUUUGGAUAUUCUACUAAGUCAAAGUCGACUGCUUCAUCUUUGAAGACUGGAAAGCAUACUUAUGUCCAGAAAAAAAGGUUUGCUAAGAAAAUAUUUGAACCCUUAGUUCUAUCGGAGGAUCAUCAACAAUCAAAGCAGGAUGUGAGCACCUUGCAUUCUCAGAAUAUGAUCGAAUCACUUCCAGAGUUAGUAGUAAACAUGAGUCUAAGAAGUGUGAGUUUCCAAGAACUUGGUAGCUACAAGACUGGGAAACUGCUAGAGAAUUCAUGCUGUCAAGCUAGUAACCAUAAGGAAUCACUUGAUUCUUCUAUUUUCCCAAGAAAAAGGCGGAGAUUGAGGAAGGCUUAUCUGAAUGUCAAAGAAAUGCCCACAUUCUCCAAUUCAAAUGCUACGCUUUCUUUUGGUGAUGAUUCAUGCAGUGUCAUUAGUGAGAUGUCUGCUGUUGUUCACAAGUGCCAGUUUAGUAAUGAAAAAAAAGAGUCUGAUCCUUGGAUAUCACAGCAGGGUUCCAGCUCCAACACAGUUGAUAAAUUUUCUGAAAAUAAAAAACAUAAACUUAGUGUUCAGGAUGAAUCAAAAAAUUUGGCAAAUUGUAGUAACACAAUGAAGUCAAAACAAACUUCUUUUCUGAAGAAGAUGGAGGAAGAGUUUAAGCAUCUUUCACCAAUUCCUGAGGAUUCUAAAUUGCCAUCUACAAUUUCAUCUAGAAAACGAAAGCAUAAGCACUCUGCCAAAAGGAAGGUUAAAUCUACAAUUCCAUGUCCUAAGUCAGAUGGUUGUGCACGAUCUUCCAUUAAUGGUUGGGAGUGGCAUAGAUGGUCAAGAGCUGCACUGCCAUCGGAGAAGGCUUACAUAAGAGGAAUCCGUACUCAGUACUUUUCAAUAGGUUUCCGUGGAAAUUAUUUGCGAAAUUCAAAUUCUAAAGGUCCUUCUGCAAGAACAAACCGUGUUAAGCUGCGUAACCUUCUUGCUGCUGCAGAUGGGGCUGAAUUAUUGAAAGCGACACAGAUAAAGGCGAGGAAGAAACGAUUAUGUUUCCAGAGAAGCAACAUACAUGACUGGGGUCUGGUUGCUCUAGAACCAAUUGAUGCAGAAGAUUUUGUGAUUGAAUAUGUGGGGGAAUUGAUUCGCCGACGGACAUCUGAUAUACGUGAGCGCCUGUACGAAAGGAUGGGAAUUGGCAGUAGUUACCUCUUUCGGUUAGAUGACGAUUAUGUGGUAGAUGCAACCAAACGUGGUGGCUUGGCAAGGUUUAUAAAUCAUUCUUGUGAGCCAAACUGUUACACAAAAGUAAUUACUGUCGAGGGUCAAAAAAAGAUUUUCAUCUAUGCGAAGAGACAUAUAUCUGCAGGUGAGGAAAUCACUUACAACUACAAAUUUCCCCUGGAAGAAGUAAAGAUCCCUUGCAACUGUGGUUCUCAUAGGUGCCGGGGAUCAAUGAACUGAAAUUAUAUUAAUUUGCAUGGGUUAAGCCCAUUCCUAUGAGGAAAUUGGAGUGUUGCUCAGCCAACCUCAAAGGUUCUGGUGAAGGAGCUGCUGUUAUUGAUGUCAAUUUUGUCAUAGCUAUGAUUGUUGAUGUGAUGAUGUGUCAUGACUGCUCUUGAAGUUCCGCAAGUGUGAUGGAUUUUAGGUUGAAUUGGGAAACCAGAUAGCUCCAUCAAAGACCAUUUAUGCUCUGUGCAGCAUUUUGUCACAUGCAUCUGUAGCUGAAAAGCCUGAAAACUAUUCAACUAUACUUGGUUUUCUAUCUGCUUGCUGAAAAACUAUCUCCAAUCAAGGUGGUCAGUGGUGGCCGUGACCGUUUUAGCCCAUUCACAAACUACUGUUAACACUCGCGGUACGUUUUUCCUUUUCUUAUGACACGGUUUCUUUCAUCUCUAAUCUUGCUUCGUUUAACUGGACAAAAUAUCUUUGGAGCUUGGGAGAAAGUAUGAUAUGGGCCUUUCGUACAUAAUCAUCAAUUCCUGUUUAAUGGAUUUCAUCCAUUAAAACCCCCGGAACUAUUGCAAAAGGUGGAACCAUCACCUUAGCGGCCCCCUAGGUCCGGCCCCACAGAUAUCCAGAGGGGGUAAAUUACGGUUAAGCUGAGUAGGAGGGGUGACUGGGGUCGAGUGGAAUUUAAAGCGCAGCAGACCGAGGUUUUACGCCCGUGUGCAACUGGCGACCCUCGACCCUUGAACCUCCGUUACAAGCGUUAGGCACCCUUCCAGCUGAUCCAGCCCGUGGGGGCAAAACCCUCGGAACUAUGGUAUGAUGGUAAGAGGUAAGAUUGUUUCCUAGACAACAAAGAUUCAAAUCUCACCUAUGACACAUUACGCCUGGGAGUUUGAAAAACUUGUGACACUAGGCCAUCCACUAGGACCUAUCUACACUUCUCGAUUUACCUUUGUGACAGAUGAGAAACUUUUGUGGGGCCGGAUUAGUCACCUCCGGGAUUAGUCGGUAAGAGCUAGAUACCUGGAUUACCAAAACAUAAAUAUCCAGGAAUGAGUGAUUAUGAAUGAAGGCCCAAUAUCCUUAACCCGGCUCUAUAAGUUUUUGUCCACUUCAACGCUCAUGAGCAUAGUUAAAAAAAUUGACAAAAUUCAAUUUAAAUUCGGGCUAAUAACAAAGAUUCGUGCCUAGUUAUAAAAAUUGAACCAAUUCAAUUUAAAUUCGGGCUAAUAUCAAAGGUUUGUGCCUAUAAACCAUUUAAAAAAUUUAUUGACUCGGUUUAGUUUGGAUUUAGAGAAUUGGUGGGAGAUAUAUAUAUAUAUAUAUAUAUAAAAGAAUCCAUAUAUAGCCGAUCUCAGGUGGGAUAAAAGUUAGAUUGUUAUUGUUGUUGGUGAUGGUGGUGGAAUUAGGUUUUUAUACUAGAUCCAUUGAAAUUAUUGGGAAAUGAAAUUCUUCGUGUAAAAUUUUUAACAAGAACUAAAUAAGAAAUAUAUAGUGAGAAGAACUAUGCAAUAUGCAAUUGAAUAUAACUAUAAACAAUAACUAUAAUAGAAUUAUUAAUUGUGAAUUAAUAAAAAAAUAUAAAUAAUAAAUUUCUAUUGCAAGCCCUUUCUAUCAACUGAAAAGAAAUUGUUGAGUAAUUGCUUUUUCUAAAUAUCAAGUAUCUCAAGUAUGUAAAUAAAGUGCUAUAGAAUGUACAUUAUUUACUAUCUUACAUAGAUCCUAAUAAAUUUGAGGGACAAUGUUUAUUAAAGAGAAAGUGAGGAAAGAAUGAAAGCAACGAUAUCAUUAAAAUAUCAUUGAAGAGGGGACGCUAGAGAGAUGCUAAAAGGGGCAAACACCAAGCAAUGUUCCCUUGAUAUUGUAGAAGACAAUAGAGGUCUUGGAAGGGACAUGUGUCAUGGGUGGAAUGAUAAGUCGUUGACAUGGAAGGAAAAUAAGGAGAUAGAUGAUGAAAACAAAUUGAUCAAUCUCAUGAAUUUGUAAAAUUGUGGAAGACACAGUAGGAACUCAGAUUGAUGAAGAGGAAUUGACAAAGCUAUGACUACAUCACUCUAAAUUAACUAGAUUGUUAAUUAAUCAAAUAUUAUAUAUUUGCUAAUAUAACAUACAAUUAUAUAAAAUAUAUGACACGCAUUAUAUAAUAUUGUUUCAUUUCAUUUUUUUGGGUUUUAUUGAAAAAAACUUGAAAAUCCGCCUUCAAUCCUAUAAUAUUGUAUCCCAAAAGCUACCUAUUUUUUUUUUUUUUUUAAAAAAAAUUGACUUUCCGUUCCAUUUUGAUAUAUUGGUUUCUUCGUCUAUCUCUAUUAUUAGUCGUUGCCAUGUUAAAAUUAUUGAAAAGCAGUUUUACCCAUCCAUUCUAUCCGUAUUUAAAUGAUCCGUAAGAACCGACAGAGGGAGUCCAAUUUUCAUAACUAUGCUCAUGAGCCAAUUAUUACAUUUGAGAUAAGUUAUGGUACGGCCAAGCCUUUUUUUUAAGCGGCAACUAAAGCUAAAGUCAAUGAAGUUAAAGAUGUUAGGAAUAAAAUGUCAAUGAGAAACUAGUCAAUAUAAUUAAAAUUAAUUUGUCAUAAUUAUUGUAAUUUAAUGUUGUAUAUAGAGUUGAUUUGAGAGAACUGUAAUAUUCCUCAUCAAAUUGUUGUGGCCAAGAUGCUUGUUGAUGUUGAUGUUUGAACCAUAAGCUUCUCUUUUACUUUAAGUUUGUUGUCUGUUA